GGUAAUGUGAUGUGUCUGCAGCUAACUUGUUACAGCGCGUAGUGGAUGUUCAGGGAGGCAGAGAGUCGUGAAAGGCUGUGAUUUAAUUGACUGUAAUACAUAUUGUAUUAUAAAAACAGCAUACGCAUCCUGAAAAAGAAGAAAGAACACUUUCAUUGGACGGAGUGUUGUCAUGUUUGUAGUCGCUAGCUAGCGUGUGGUGAUUAGCCCGACGUCUACGGGAGCUAACGCCAACGUCAGGUCAGAAUCAAAGAUCGUCUAUGGUUCCUUUUUUUUGUUAUGGCAGUUCAUUGAUAAAGAAGAAGAACCCUAAAGCGUCAGUUGCUAACCACCUUGCGGGCGUUCGUCGGAGGAAAGUGACAUAGGAAACUAGCAGCCGAAGGCGGUAGUUUGAUGUGCGGUGUGUUCGCGGACCCCAGCGCCACGGCGCCGCAUAGCCUUCCACGUCUGGUUUUUGUGUUGUGUGUUUAACGCUGCCAGCUGAGCAAGGCCACGUCCCCACGGGCGGACUUCACCGAGCAGCGUUGGACGGGAUUGCAGAAAAAGAUGCCGAGUGAGCUGAAGAGGAAAGAAGGAGAGCAAACAUCCAAGGAAAUGUGAAAAAAAAACGGCUUUCUCACUCGAAUGACUGCGCGCGUGUAGCGUUUGCGUUUCCACACGGUUUGCCGAACAACCGCGGCAUGUCACGUAUACGGAUGUGUGUUUCACGUCGGGAGGAUCGCAGAAAUCAGUAGGUUGCGACAAACAACCUCGAGUAACGUUUGACUUCGGCGUUUGAGAUGAUCGGCUUUGGCGCAAACCGCCGCGGAGGCCGCAUCCCGUCCUUCAUCCUGAUCUUUUUGACGGUGGUCAUCGCCAUUCUGUCUUUCAACUACUGGACGGUGUCCGGCAGGCACGGCCGCCUGCUGGACGAGCUGGCGGAGGUGCAGAGCCAGGUGAAGCGCACGGACGCGGCGCGGAGCCGCCUGGAGAAGCGCAACUCGGAGCUGAUGGUGCAGGUGGACGCGCACAGGAAGCAGAUCGACCAGAAGGAUGGAGACUACAGCAUCCUGGAGGGCAAGCUCCAGGCCCGCGAGGCGCUCGUUAAAAAGUGCACGGACGAAAAGGUGAAGUUACAGGGUGAUGUCACGGCACAGAUGACAGAGAUACAGAGACUGAAAGAGCAGCUAAAAGAUCUGAAGCAGGAGUUCAUGAAGCAAGAGGAGCAGCUAAGAGAAGUGAAGAAAAACAGCACUACGUUGGAGAAAAAGCUAGAAUACGAGAGUUUACAGUGUGGACGUCAGAUUGCACAACUGAAAGAGGAGUAUGAAGAAACUAAAAAGACCCUGAUGGAAGAAGCAUCCAAGCUAAGACAGAGUGUAAUGGGUGGCCAAAAGGAUGUAAUGGCAGCUAGACAAGCAGGAAGAGUCCCUGAAGGUGACAUGGCUGGAGAGCGCCACACAGUGGCCACUCACCGGCACGACAGACAGUCCGAUCUAAAAGAGGAGCUCGGUAAACCUGGCAGCGAUGCUGGCAUGCCGGGUAUUGAAGACAGCGAGGUGGGAAAAGUCGAUGAAAUGCAGUUUGCCUUGAAGAAACCGGCCAUCACUCAGAAACAGAGAGACGCUCCUGACGCGGCCGCGCUGGCUGCUGCUGAUCAUGGACUUGGAGCAGCCGACGGUCCUGGAGGCCAAGGCUUGUCCUUGGACCAACCAAGACUCCAGCUGGACAGAGUGGAUGUCCGGGCAGCAGCCCUUGCACCCCCGGGCAUCAUCAAACAGGCAGACAAACCAAUAGUAUUUGAAGAGGACAACAAAUUGGUUAUUAAGGCAGAUGAACUGGGAGAACGGCAAAGGCAAAUUCAAGCUCCUGAUAAUGUCAAGCGGGACUCUGAACACUUGAAGAGGAUUCACCUGCCUGCUAAUGUCGCCCAGGUGCCCAACCCCCUCCAGCCUCACCCCCCCAAAGACCAAGCUCCGGCAGAGGCAGUGCACCACCGCCAAAGCCGGUUCUUUGAUGAGAACGAGUCCCCAGUAGAUCCGCAACACGGCUCUAAGCUAGCGGACUACAAUGGGGAUGAUGGGAACGUGGGUGAGUAUGAGGCCGACAAGCAGGCCGAGCUGGCCUACAAUGAGGAAGAGGAUGGUGAUGGUGGGGAGGAAGACGUUCAAGAUGAUGAUGAUCGGGAGAUGCAGGGAGAUCGGGCUGUGGAUUACGGAAAAAGACAUCAAACUAAUGACAUUCUCUGAAUGGAAACCUACGCAGAAGUAACUUAUUAAAACAUUUGGACCCUCCACCACAACAAAGGACUCCCAGAAUGAAAUAGGCUGAUGAAAUGGGUUGAAGGUUGAUGCAAGGCAAUGGAAUUUCUGGGGAGUAUCCUCUUUGUCAUGGACUAUUUUCAGAAGCAGGCAUAGCAACUAAUAGAUUAACUCAGAAUAAUACAUAAUAGCAAGACAAUAUCAUGGCGUUUACCUGAGAAACAGUAGAUUUGGUAAUGGUUAAUACGUUUUGACAGUGAGACAAAAUUCUAUACAUUGACUGUUGAGUUUAAUUUCCAGAUAACUGCUGCAGUUCACUCCGAAAUGAUCUGAAAGAUCCUCUUAAGUCACAAUUGGACUGUAAGGUCAUGACAACUUUUGUUAUUGCUACAGAAGAUGACUUGGUUUUCUUUUAGGUACUCUUUGCUUCUGCUAGACAUCAAAGCUUCUUGAGAUACUUAUCAGAGACUAAAUUGUUAAUCUACCUUUCUAACAUAUUGUUGGGACCUUCUUAUUUUACAGGAAUGGGAAUAUGACACAAUUCAAUGCCAAGGACUUUGCUUAUGGCCUACUUUCUUUUCUUUUGUGAGACACUCAAAAGUGCUUCUCAUUUAGUUUUUAAAUGCCAUUGCAUGCAUUUAAAACUUUUUAGUAAUCAACUGAGCAAAAUACUAUUGCUUAAGCAAUACUUACAUGGUUAGUAUCCACAGUGUGCAAAGAUUUAAUAAGCACACAUGGAAAUGACAGACCCUACAUAUGCUUCCAUCAAUGGGGUCGCGUACAUGAUGUAGUUGAACGGUUACCAUUUAUACUGGGGAAAUUUAUUCCCCCAUCUCCAGGGUUGGUGGGGUGGGAUGUCUGUGAACCUGAAAUCUAUUCUGUUGUGCAACCAGGAAAAAUUAAUUCUCAUGGAAAGGCACAUUGAAUGUAAUUUAAUUUUAUUAAAGGUGAUGGUUCAUGUCAUUCGUUGCGGUGUUUUUAUAAACUGUAUUGACCUAAGGGUCACCAGUGGCAAGGGGGUUACAGGAAGGAUACUGCGUCUAAUGUAAAGAAACUCUUGAUGAGGAUUUUGACUGUUUUAUUUCUUUAUAAAAGAAAAAAGCUAUAUUCCCAUAUCAAGUCAAUAUAUCCCCUAUCUUGUACUCUUCCAACUAGUGUGGACUGGACUUUAAAAAAAAAACUAUAUUUUUUGUAUGGGCAAUUUGUGGUCAAAUUGCUUUACGGUUAACUGUUGUUAUUUUUCAUUAUUUCAGCUGUAUAAAUCUGUGACUAUCAACAUUUAAAAAACGCACACAAUGACAAGCUGUCCAGUUUUUUGAUGAUACAUUAUGUAGCCUCAACAUCAUUAAAGCUCA